CGAUGACAAAUUAAUAAGAGGAAGAGACACUUUUCAUUUACGAAACACAUAAAGCAGGAAAAGUAAAUCGUAAAUAUGUCGUUCGUUUUGAACAACGCAAUUCGUCGUCAAAUUGGCACAACUGCCGCCAGGAAUAUGUCCGGCACCGCCGCCGUGGCUGGAGAACAUUCAGGUGGCUACAAGGUCUGGAAGCGUCUGUCGUUCUUCGUCGCCGUGCCAGCUGUCGGUCUGUGCAUGCUAAAUGCAUACCUGAAGCAUCAGGAGGAGCACGGCCAUCCUCGCCAGGAGUUCGUCAAGUAUGAGUAUCUGCGCCGUCGCGAGAAGCGUUUCCCCUGGGGUGAGGGCAACAAGAGCCUGUUCCACAACCCCCACGUCAACCCCCUGCCCGAUGGCUACGAGCACUAAGCGGCCAAUCCCCCAUUCGUUGUAAAGGUGUUGCUGUUGUUGCUUAUCCACUCGAUGUAUUUAACAAAUUGUAGGCUGAAAUUAAUGCGAAAAUACACACAAACAAAGAAAAACAAGCAUUAUGCAGAUUUAAACUAAAUAAAGAGCGAUGAAACAUUCUA